AUGGCCGAGGGGUCCAGAGACCAGGGAGCCGCGGGCACCACUGAUCCUGAGGAGGACUCCCCCAAUAUGAUCGUCUACAGAAAGGCAAGAUGUCAGAGAGGCUACUCGAUAGAGGUGCCGGGGCUUCGAGGGCAGAGCGCCCACGGCCUCUGGACCCGGUGGGUGGGUCGCCUGGCGCAGCGUGGAGGCGCCGCUCGCACAGAGAGGCAGAUGGCCAUUGAAGACAUUGUGACACGAAUACAAGAUGAGAAAGCAGGAGGUGUAGCCAUCCGGACCGUCAAAAGCUUCCUCUCCAAGAUCCCCAGUGUGGUAUCAGGGGCGGACAUCGUUCAGUGGCUGAUGAAAAACCUCUCCGUUGAGGAUCCAGCUGAAGCCAUCCACCUCGGGAGUCUGGUCGCUGCACACGGCUACAUCUUCCCCAUCUCUGACCACGUCCUGACACUUAAGGACGAUGGAACCCUUUAUCGCUUUCAGUCUCCGUACUUCUGGCCGUCAAACUGUUGGGAGCCUGAGAACACAGACUAUGCCAUUUACCUGUGUAAGCGCACCAUGCAGAAUAAGGCCAGGCUCGAGCUGGCCGACUACGAGGCUGAGAACCUCGCCCGGUUGCAGAGGGCCUUUGCCAGGAAGUGGGAAUUCAUCUUCAUGCAAGCUGAGGCUCAAGUGAAGAUCGACAGGAAGAAGGACAAGGCCGAGAGGAAAAUCCUGGACAGCCAGGAGAGGGCAUUCUGGGACGUCCAUCGGCCUGUGCCCGGCUGCGUCAACACCACGGAGAUGGACAUCCGCAAGUGUCGAAGAGAGAAGAACCCACACAGGGUGAAAAAGUCGGUGUAUGGGGUCCCAGACGACGGCCAGAGUCAGCCCAGUCCCGUCCACAGCAGCUCGCACCCGACCAGGAAGCCCACCAAAGAUGACAUCCAGAAGGAGAUCACCUUCCUGAACAUGCAGCUGGACCGACACUGUAUGAAGGUUUCCAAAGUGGCUGACAGUCUGAUGAGCUACAUGGAGCAGUUCAUGGACUACGACCCCUUUGUGUCGACCACGGAGCCCUCCAACCCCUGGAUCAAUGACGACACGUCCUUCUGGGACUUGGAGGCGAGUCGUGAUCCCAGCCAGCAGCGUGUGAAGAGAUGGGGCUUCUCUCUGGAGGAGGCCCUGAAAGACCCGGUGGGACGAGACCAGUUCCUGAAGUUCCUGGAGUCAGAGUUCAGCUCAGAGAACCUGCGGUUCUGGUUAGCAGUGCAGGAUCUGAAGCGACGGCCGCUCCAGGACGUCCCCGCCAGGGCGCAGGAGAUCUGGCAGGAGUUCCUAGCUGAGGGGGCGCCGAGCUCCAUCAACCUGGACUCUCACAGCUACGAGCGCACGAGCCAGAACCUGAAAGACCCCGGACGAUACAGCUACGAGGACGCUCAGGAGCACAUUUUCAAGCUAAUGAAAAGUGACAGCUAUGCACGCUUUUUGCGAUCCAACAUCUACCAAGACCUCCUGUUAGCCAGAAAGAAGCAGCCAGCAGACACUGAACAGGGCCGCCGCACCUCCCUGGAGAAGUUCACCCGCAGUGUGGGCAAGUCUUUGACAGGGAAGCGCCUGACAGGCCUGAUGCAGUCAUCCUGACACAGCCUGUGCUGGAGGGGCCCAGCCAGACCCUGUUGGGGGGAUGACCCCCGCACAGUGGCCGGGGCACGGACAGCGGAGCCGGGCUGGACGGGGCUGCUGUGCGGUGGCUCGCAGACGCUGCUCCGAGGACUGUACUGGUAGAUGAGCACCGGGCCUGCUGGGGUGAACGACCCAACGCAAACCACUGAGGAACAGGACAAUGCUGACAAGGGGAACCUCAGCCAUCACUACACAUGGCAUGCAGCAUCCAGUAUAAGCACAUCCAGACCAGCGCUGCCCUCGUUUCAUCACUUAGUCGGCAAAUUUGUUUGUGAGGCCGUUUGUCGACUAAGCUGAUUCCUUUAUGU